GUUGUUCGACCUGACGGCUCUGAUUGGAAGCUCGUAGCUCCCGCCUACGUAUGUAGGACUAUGAAGGGAGAGCUGUAGAAUGACAACACAGAGUUGCGGCCGUUCACCUUCAUGUAGCUCUAAGCGUCGCCCACUUAUCUCAUACAUUCGGAGAUGCAUCCUUGUUGGGUCGUUGCCAAGAAAGCCUCAUGCAAGCCAGUAAUGCAAACGCGGUGCACGUGGCUGUUGUUCCUCGGCUUCAAUUUUGGUGAUCAUGCACUUCCUUCACAGACCGAAUCAAGACUCCAAGAACUGCAUGCUAUCCAACUCUCACAAGCAAUGACAGAAACGAUUCGCGACGUUCUGCAGGCCAUGGACAAUAUUGCGAACGUACCGGCCUUGCUCUCCGCGCGACUCCUUCAACCUGCUCCAGUUCCGCGAUAUACGCAAAGCGCAUCCGAUCUAACGCCACCGAAAGUUGUGAGACGGAAAAGACAGCUUACACUACCGCUUGAUACACCUGCGCCUGAUACUGCCCGCUUAGCGAAGUGGUUGGGCAGAGCGAACCAGCAGCGUACGUGCGAUCAAUCGCAGAGCGCGCUGAUGCGUUUGCCAGCAGAACUUCGUGAGCAGAUCUGGAAGGACGUGAUAUUGGGCACAGAUGACGGUGUGAUAGAGCUGGGCUGGAGAAGUACUGGUCGAGGACGCGGCCGAGCAAGUGCUUACAAAGUUACGUUCGAGAAACCAAGAGACGAAUGGGGAACAGGAGUUUUAGGCAUGCUUUGCUCGUGUCGUGUCAUUUACUCUGAGGCAAUCGGCCUUCUUUACAGCUUGCCAACCUUCUCCUUCCGGUUCCAAAACAUCGGAACCUUUCUCGCAUUUGUCUGCGCUAUUCCUCCACACCGGCGAGAGCAAAUCAAGUAUCUUGAUCUAUGCUGGCUCAACCAGCCCAAAGCGCCGAGUGGUGUCCCCCAGGGAGCAGCGCAUCGAAUAAACCCGUUAUGGUCGUACAAACGGAUCUGCAACGUCAAAGCGCUGUCGGAAUUGCCCAGACCGGAAAUAGGAGGAACCGACUUUGUCCAUGCAGAGUGGGUGGUCAAAGAGAUACUCAAAGGGAUGAAAGGCCUCGAGAAGGGAGGUAUAAGAUGGGGAAGCCUAUCAACAGGCUGUUUAGCGCAAGAGCGAGCUGUCUUUGAUUCCUCUAUCUGAGGACUGAUUGCAUGUUGCAUACACAGUGCACAUCGCCUGAAUGCCCGUAACCUCAUUCAUUCGCAAGAUCAUUUGUCUUUUCGUCGUGAUCUCUUACUUGAGAUCCAAGAACACCUUUCUCAUCUUGUUGUAAUCAGGUGUACCGACACCAGU